CUAAAAUACAGUGCCAGUCUCAAGACUAAAAUUAUUCUCGAAUUGAUCGUCGUUAGAUAAUUUCUGAAUUCGAAAAUGGAUGCUGAAGUUAUCGUUGUAGGAGCCGGAAUAAGUGGUCUUUGUGCCGCAAAAUGGCUGAAAGAAUCAGGAGUGAGCGUUCUUGUGCUGGAAGCCAUGAAUCGUGUUGGUGGACGAACACUCACAAAAUGGGAUCCCAAAGUUAAUUACGUUGACUUAGGAGGAUCAUAUGUUGGGCCAACUCAAGAUCACUUGUUUCGUUUAACAAAAGAACUUGGCGUGGAUACCUAUAAGAUAAAUCAAGAUCUAAAGUGCCUCUUUUAUAGAAAUGGGCGACGGCUGCUCCAUGAUUCAACAGAGUUCCCUUAUGAGAGAAAUCCUUUUGUUAACAUGGAGAUGAAUAACAUAAUUAGACUUAUUGAUAAAAUGGGAGAGGAGAUACCUGCAAAUGCUCCUUGGGAUGCACCUCAUGCGGAAGAAUGGGAUUUGAUGACAUACCAAGAUUUUUUAAAGAAGCAUUGUUGGACAAAACGAGCGCAUCGAUUUUUUAGAGAACUCUGUACUACUCUCAUCGCAUCAGAGCAAUACGAAGCAUCGCUACUGAUGGUUUUGUGGUAUAUAAAACAGUGUGGCGGAAUGAAAAGAAUAGUUUGUACCACAAAUGGUGCCCAAGAGCGAAAAUUUCGUGGUGGAUCCCAACAAAUUAGUGAGAAAAUAGCUGAGAGACUGGGAGAUGGCGUCGUUCUUACAAAUAGUCCCGUAGUUGGUAUAAAUCAAGAAUCAAAGGAAUUUGUUUUAGUGAAAACCCUAUCAGGGAAAGAAUAUAAGACAAAAUAUGUCAUUCUAGCCUGUCCUCCUGGACUGCAACAGAAGAUCCAUUUCACUCCACAACUACCUCCAUUACGAAAUCAACUUAUGCAAAGAAUGCCUAUGGGGACAGUUCUUAAAUUCAUUUUAUACUACAAAACGCCUUUCUGGAAAGAAAAAGGGUUAUGUGGAGCUAGUAUGAUUGUAGGAGAUAGCGAUCAUCCAGUGUUUUAUUCACUGGAUGAUACCAAACCAGAUGGAACUUUUCCUGCUAUUAUAGGAUUUAUUGCUGCUGAUAAAUGCAGAAAAAUGUGCAAUAUGAGCCCUGAAGAACGCAAAAAUGAGAUUACACGAAGUUUAGAACAAGCAACAGGGUAUCCCGAAUUUAAAAAGGUGAUCCAUUAUGAAGAAAAAAACUGGAUGGAAGAGCAAUAUGUUGGUGGAUGCUAUACAGCAAUGUUUCCUCCUGGCUUUCUAACUAGAUACGGAAGAGUUCUAAGAACCCCUAUAGACAGAUUAUACUUCGCUGGCACUGAAACAUCCAUAAAUUGGUCGGGCUAUAUGAAUGGCGCUGUAGAAGCCGGAGAAAGGGCUGCACGAGAAGUACUUUGUAGAAUGGAAAAAAUAACUCCAGACAAAAUUUGGAUAAAAGAACCAGAAUCUCAGGAUGUACCCGCAUUCCCUUUUGAAGAUACUUUUGGAGAGAAAUACACGCCAUCCGUUCCAGGCUUCUUAAAGUUUGUAACAAUCACAAGCCUCUUAGGGGCAGCAACAUUUGCUUUCAUAAAUUAUCCUAAAUGUUUUCCAAGUUUGUAACAAUCACAAACCUCUUAGGGACAGCAACAUUUGCUAAACAUUAUCCUAAAUGUUUUCCAAAAUCAAUUCCGAAAUAGUUUAAAAAGAUUAUUAAUUGAUUGAAAAAUGGAUGAUGGAAUGUAAUUUUCUUUAUUAUAAGAUUUCAACGAUAAUUAUAAGAUUUAAUAUUUUCCAACAUUUACUAUCAAUGUGUGAUUGUCUCAAUAACUGUAAAACUGAAACAAUAUUUCUUGAAGAUGUAAUUGAGUGAUAAAGUUUGCAUUUUGCUAAAAUGAUUUUUAUGUGUUUAGAUAAUUUUGCCCAAAUGUGGUAUGUUUAGCAGUAUCAAUAAAAUCAUUUGUAACAUCCAAUUA